AGCAGGAACUGCGCCCAACGCGCCGCCCGCGCCUCACCAACGCUCUCAGUCAGCUCGCCGCCUUCAUCGGGCCGAUAAGCACUGACGGGCGAAGCAGGAGGGGGCAGAUAUGGAGGGACAGAAACUCUGACUUCCGAGGAAGACACACGCAGGGGCGGAUGGACGCGACAUUGGUCUGCUAACAGGUAUUUCUGCGUUUAGGUUUGGUGUGAAUGAACGCGAAUGAUCGUCUUCUUGUGUGAGACGUGAAGAGAAGAUGUGUCAUAUAUAAGCAAACUACCAGCAGCACCAUCAUGCUCCCCCGAAGUAUGAAAACAUCUGGAGUAGAGCUGCCGGGAGUGGGACAGAGAGAGGUGCCCCUCGUCGGAUAUCGGCCCCUACAGCCAGAGGUCAACGGCCCAGCGGAUCAGCUCUGGAAGGAGAAUGAGAAGAAGGAGGCUGAACACACACAGGGGGAGCCAACCCUGAUGAAGACCACAUGGUACUGUCCACUGGACCUGUCCACUGUGUCCGAAUCGGAGGAAGAUGGUAUCAUCUACACUGUGGUGGUGAAACAAGGGCACGGUUCUCCCCCCGCCGGCCCGCAGUCCACAGCAUCCCGUUCUCAGCACGUCAAAGCAGGGACAGAGGAAAAGCUGGUCCUCCAUCUCCUUCAUUCCUUCUCCAUGGGCGACCCCUCCUUCAUCUCCAUCUUCCUCUCCACCUAUCGCUCUUUCACCUCCACACAGAGAGUGCUGGACAUCCUGACUGACAGGUUGGGAAAUCCUCCUGGGGAGAGCAAAAGUAACACACGUCAGAUGUUCAACAAAGCGGUGUGUAUGGUGUUCAGCACAUGGCUGAGUGACUAUCCCGAGGAUUUCCGCUCUCUGAACGAUCCCUCCUCCCUGCUGCGCUUGGCCCCCCUUCUUCCCACAGACACCUCGGGCGCAGAAAUCAAAGGCCGACUGCUGAGGAUCGCCGAGGAGCUGAGCGAGAAAGCCCUGCUGUCCGGCUCGCUCUCAGAUCCUAGCAGAGGUGUGGCAUCUCCUCCUGAACCCUCAGAGUUUGAUGCCACUAGCAUCCUGGGGUUUCCGUCCAGUGUGAUCGCAGAGCAGCUGACCAGGAUCGAGACUGAUCUGUUUCUGAAGCUGGUGCCCUAUCACUGUCUGGGGUCUCUGUGGUCUCAGAGAGAUAAGAAGGGCCGGGAAGGAGUGUGCUGGUCGGUCCGAGCCACUAUCAAGCAGUUUAAUCGCUUAGCAAACGCUGUCACAGCCUCGUGCUUGUGGAACACGAGUCUGAAGAGCCAACAGAGGGCCAGACUGCUGGAGAAAUGGAUCAGCGUCGCAGAGGCCUGCAGAAGCAGGAAGAACUUCUCCUCACUGUACGCCAUUCUGUCAGCGCUGCAGAGUAACCCCAUCCACAGACUCAGAAAGACCUGGCAGGAGACAGACAGAGAAGCUGUGAAGAGAUAUGAGGAACUUUCUGACAUCUUCUCAGAGAAAGACAACUUCUCCCAGAGCCGCGAGCUACUCAAAGAGGAGGGGACAUCAAAAUUUUCAAACCUUGACACUAAAAUCAACAACAGGAGAUUUACAGGGUCGUGCGCUCAAGGCACUGUGCCGUACCUGGGCAUCUUCCUCCGAGAUCUCACCAUGCUGGACACUGCAGUCAAAGACAGAUUAGAGAAUGGCUUCAUCAACUUCGAUAAAAGACGACGGGAGUUUGAAGUCAUCGCUCAAAUUCGCCUCCUUCAGUCCUCGUGUAAAAACAGCAUUUUCAGAACGGAUGAGACGUUUGUUAAGUGGUAUCACAGCGCACCUACUCUGUGUGAAGAGGAAAGCUACAAGCUGUCCAAUCAGAUUGAGGCACCGGGCGAGCCGAGUCCUGGCCGUGGCCUGAACCCUACAGUGAUCAUCACACAGUGUCCAGAUGCUCUCUCAGCCGUGGCAAAUACAACCAUGGAUGCUGAUGGGAUAUUUGACUUCCCGUCUCCUGUCAAUCACCUGCUCUCCAAGCUUUACAAGCAUGUGAAAUCCCCGUCUGUUUCCUGUCUGGAUGUUGAUUCGUCACCACCGCCCAAUGAUGCCACGCCCCCCCUCCUGACCACACCCUCUACAGCUGUCAAAUCACAUCGGAGGUCCGUCUCCUGUGGGAACAACCCCACCAAUAACAAACGAGAGGCGGGGCCUGAGAUGAGAAUCGUCAAGAUACGGAUGGAUUUACACGACGGCAACUUAUACAGAAGCAUUCUGGUCACCAGUAAUGAUAAAACACCCACUGUAAUCAGUUCUGCAUUAGACAAGCACAACCAGAAUGCUCAAGAAGCCUCCAAAUACGAGCUGAUCCAACUGCUGCCGGAAGGGAAAGAGUUAAUAAUACCUCCUACAGGAAAUGUCUUCUAUGCCAUGUCUUCAGCUAGCGUAGACUUCCUGUUAAGGAGAAGAGGAGGAAAUACACCAAUAGGGUCUCCGAAUCUUGGCAACGAAACCAGCGCAACCUUUCCACGUAUCAAAGCCAAGGGCAGAAGACUAGUCCGGACACUAUUUUAACAUAAAAACAGGAUAUUCACGUCCAAGUGCUUUCAAAAGAAGAAACACCAAAUAUUUCAUUCAGAGCUCUUUGGCUUACCUGUAGAAUUGACUCAAAUAAGUCAUUUUCAUAAGUCCUAAUAUUAGUAAUUUGAGUGAAAGCUUGGCUCUAAGAUGUUAGUUACUGCUAAACGUUGCACUGUUUUUGCAUUACAUAAAUCCAUACUGAAUUUCAAGACAGAAUCGCGAACCUUUUGCUGAUGCCAGCAUUUCCAGUGCUUCCCCCGUCUACCUCUAAAGCUAGCAGUCCAUUGGUUAAAGAAUAUUGCUAAAAAUUCUGCAUUAAUGAACAUCAAACGGAGAUAUAGCAGCUAAAAGAUCCCAGCUUAAUUAAACACUUACAGGAGGUACUUACACCUGUCUAACAUUUCAAAACACUGAGCUGUUCUGCGUGGGUCAAACGGUCACCUACCUGAAGAUGAGUCGCAAAAACCACUGCCGCUCUCGAAUGUCCUCACCAAGUAUGCAGCUGAUAGUUGCUUACUAUGUGCUUUCUCUUUGAAUAUUUAUCCAGAAUUAAUUAUGGCUAUGGUAUAUGGUUAUGGUGACUGUUCCAAAAACCUAGUCAAAAGGUUGUGUAAAACAAUCUUAGGCAACAAACUCAUAAGUGACCAAUUGGAAACUUCGUUGGUAGGUCGAACAAGGGAGACUUCACAAUUGAUUUCAGUUGUGGGUUUUUGAGUUAACAGCACAAUAAUUUAGUAAGAAGAAUAAUACACCACUUUUCAAAAGUUUGGGGUCAGUAACAUUUUUCUAAAGAAAAAUAUUACUUUUAUACAGCAAGUUUAUCAUAGAUAACUAAAACUAAAUCUGACACUAAAAUUAGAACCAUAAAAACAUUCAAAUAAAUGUUAACUUAAAUAAAAUGGAUUAUAUAUAAUAUAAUAAUAUAUUAUAUAUAUAAUUUUAAUAAAAUGUCUAUACAAAUUGUAUAGACAUAAAACUACUCAAACGUCUUAAUUACUAAACUAUAUAUAAAAAUAUAUAAAAAGUGUUUCAAAAUAUGAAUAAUAAAAACAAUAAAAGUAUCUCAGUGAUGCUAAAAUAACAGCAAAAUUUAAUUAAAUUUAUCACAGGCACGUUUAAAAUGUUACAAAUGUUGUUAUAAUGUUAGAAAUAUUUCAGUUUCUAUUAUUUUUAUUACUUUCUAUUCAUCAUAGAACCAUGAAAAAAUGAUGCAAACAGUUCAGCUUUGAUCGAAUAAAUUACACUUUAUAACAUAUUAUAAUAAUAAUUUUUUUUUAUAAUAUUAGUGUUUUUAUUGUAUUUUUGUUCAAAUAAAUGCAGUGUUGAUGAGCAUAAGAGACUUCUUUCAAAACAUUAAAAAAAUAAAAUAAAUUCUUACUGACUCCACACUUGGUAAUGGUAAUAUGUGUAAAGUAGCACAAAAAUAUGGAUUAAAACUGUACACUUUAAUCAUAUUUACCUGUUUCUUCUUCUUCUUAAAACAUUUCAUUAUUGAAUGAAAUGUAAUUGUUUCCACAUUCUGGGUGUGCAUAAAAAUAAGCCAAAAGAAAGUGUUUAAGAAGGCAGCAUGAUCAGGCAGGCUACAUUUGGAACAGGUGUUGAGUGUGAAGCACCUAUGUUUUAAAGUGCUGCCUAUGUAGGCAGCUCACUAGGUUUUGGAACAGAGCCGAAAGUUUGUUGUAAUGCAGGUCUCCAGCUCUGGCUGUUCUCCGAUACCAAAUCAACUCCUUAAAAAAUUCAACAAAGCUGAGCCUGUGACAUUAUUUUUGUACCAGCAAAUGCAUAAUGCUACCAUCAUCAAAAAUAGAAAACAACACCGUUGCUCGUACCCUAAUGAACCUUGCGCUCUCUUUCUCGUGUGCUGUUGAUGUCUCUGUGGGACCUGAGGCAUGCGAGAGCUCUCAGCAUGGAAGAGGGGUCAGUUUCAUUUCAGUCUUUGGUUAUGUUCAGAAUAGAAUACUAUCAUACUACACUCACAUAUAGUAUGCAAAUUUCUAUAUAUAUAUUUUUUUCUAAGAUUACAACUGAUCGGCGCAUGCUGUGUAGGUCAUGUGACAACAAAUGUAGGAUACUACAGGUUUGAGAGCUUAUCUUGGAAAAGUGGCAACUGUUUCAAUUACUCUUUGUAGAUAUAUUGAGUAAGUAGUAAGCUAGUAUUCCAUUCCGAUCAAGAUCUUUGAUUUUGGUCCCUGGUUUGUUAAGUGCCUUAUUAUCAGGUGCUCUUGUGUGAUUGUUGUUCUGGUGUGUUGCGCAGUGAAAAGCAUGUACCGUCAGAUCUGUAUUCUGACACCUUUAUGCACUACAUACCUCCUUUUCUUGUAAUAAACUUUAAUUUUGAUACAA